CCGCGCGUUUAGUAGCAGUAGCAGGAGUGUCGAGUCGAGGUGUGAUCGCCAAAGCUAUCGUCGGCCUUGCUCGCCGUAACGUACUUGCGACCCCUUUUGUCCUUUACAGCAGCCCAUUGGCAAGACCCCGCCACGCACUGGCACUCCUCGCCUCGCCUCGCCUCAAUUGCCUCGUUUUCUUCGGAGACCUUCUUAUAGCUAAUCUAUAGUUUCGCGCUCACGACUCUUCAACUUGAACUUCUAUCAUCUGCGGCACGCUCAUCUUUGUUCCUUUCGCUUUCUUUUGUGCAUCUACUUGGGAGAUUAAGAGGACUUGAGUUGAUUGGCCAGCGCUGGUCUAUGCUUAGAUAGAACGCAGCACGGAUCAAAAUUCUUCGACUGCCACCAUCAAUAACGACGAACGCCGGGUAUUUAGACGCUGUACGACUUUGUGAACGACUUGCCGAUACGCACACAACCUAACGAAUUAGAGGAGAUUAUCAAGAAAUUAUUAUGCCGCGCGAAACAGCCGCGUACCCAAACGACGUAACGGCGGCACCGGACGACCCAGUGACUGCCCCGCCGGUCGCGACGAACACGAACGCGAAGAGGAGACAGACGUUGUUGACGUUGUUGGAUGCGCUGCAGGAGCUGAGUAGGGAGGAUUCGUUGGUGGAUGGGACACAUGAAGCGAAUCAACAACCAAACUUUGAGGGAGAUCAUGACGUCCCGACUGUCGACGAGCACUUGCAAAAAGUUGGUGCGGAAGCUUUUCAUCGGUUUCAGAGAAAAAUCAACACGUUGGACAAAGAGCUCCGAAACUUCUCCAACGCCGCUCGCCAACUAGGCAGCUCCGUCGGCAUCCUCUCCUCCGCCUUCCACCUCCGCGAGCGCCUCACCCAAAUCUCCUACCUCUUCCGCGAAAACGCAGCCGACCUCUUCCCUCGCAAAAUCUCGCAUCAACAGAAGGAUGCGCUCAGCAUGAAGAACGGUGCGAUCCCCCACAGACACACGAGGAGGAAGAGUAAGGCGCCGCCACAUGUGCGGAGACCGAUGGUGUUCGAUAAGUUGGACCCUGAGGAGUUUCCGACGCAGAUUGGGAAGCUGGCGCAUGAUGUGAUCACGUUUUUGCAUUGCUUGAAUGAGUUUCCGGAGUUUACGGAUGAGGCGGUGAAUGCGUCUAUUGUGGCGUUUGAGGGCGACUUGAAGUAUUGGGCAUCAUGUUUGAAGGCGUAUGAAGGACAAUUUCGGUAUCCUGCAGUUCAACGAUAUCUUCACGAUUUAUCUUCAGAGAUCGGGGACCACAUCGAUUCCAUCACAACAUCAUUGUCUAUGUUUAUUGAGAUUGGCGUUCCGACCAUCCGAUUUGCACAAAAACACGGGGCCAGCAACCUGCUCAACCUAUCGACAGUCGCCACAUUCUUCUCAGCCGUCACAGCCACGACGCUCCAAUUCUCGUAUGCCUCCGUCGGCGAACCCUUGCAAGACCUCGUCAAUGCCUUCUGGUUCACAUCGAUGGUUUUCAGUAUCGCGGCUGCCGUCAAUAGUUUGCUGGGAUUGACCUGGAAACAGGCCAUGUAUCGGUCUCCUGGACACCGCGUCCCCUGGUGGGUUCUCAUUUGGAUCAAGCGCUCGCCACUGGUCUUUCUGGUCCUAUCCGUCGCUUGUUUCUCAGUGGGACUCGUCCUAUUCUCGUAUUCUUCCGGACAGAACCCUGUCGUCUGUACUAUUACGACCGUAUUUACCGCUUGCAGUAGCUUCGGCCUGGCAGCCGUGUCCGUCUGGUUCGCCUCCGAACGAUGGAUUUUUAGUCGCCACAAGGGUCAGAAGUGGCUGCAAGAUUCCCUCGACGACAUAUGGGAGAGAUUCACCACUAUGCCCCCGUUCUCGUGGUUGUAUACCAUCCUCCUCACUGUCUAUUCUAAGAUAUCCUACUCCCUCAUCACAUUAGCCCAUCAAACGCGAGACGGAGCCCUCACAACGCGUUCAGCCGUCGCUAAUCUCUUCUCCCGGUCAUCAUCCUCACCAAACCUCACCAUGACCGCAUCCGAGACCUCUCUGCCCAGCGCAGGACACGUACCCGACCCCGUCUUGAACUCUAUGCGCAGUCGCCGCGGUUCCGGAACCACACAAUUCACCACCACACUGGGCGGAAAUACGAGCCUCACCUUCGAUCCCAAAUCACCCACUUCGCCGACCUCGCCCACCAUCUCCUCCACCCUCGAAUUCGUAUCCGAAAAGUCACCCAGCCCCGGUCCGUCCAGUCCUCCUGCUACACCUAUGAGCCCGGGUCGCACUCGGUUCGCCAACGCCGUUCGAAACGUCAUGAUGAUGCGCACUAUGACCGGUGCCAGCGGGCUAGACUCGAGACACCAGAGGACGAUGUCGAACUCCGCGUCGGGCUCGGACGGGUAUGUGCGGAGAAAGGAGAGGAGGAUGACGAGCCAUUUGCCGGUAAGGAGCUCGAGGGUGGCGAGUCUGGUGCCGAAGUUGAGGGUGAUGGAGACGACGCAGGAUUUGGCGGCGCAUUCGGCGUUGGUUAGGCAUUUACAGUUCUCGCCGGAUGGGAAGUUUUUGGCGACAUCUAGUUGGGAUAGAACAUCCGUCAUUUUCAAUGUGGGAGAUCCAUUCACGCCACAUCGAACACUUGCACAUCCCCAAGGCUUUGUCAGUCAAGUUGCAUGGUCGCCGAGCGGCAACAUGCUUCUCACCAAGCUGACUCGGGCCAUCAAAGUUUGGACUGUGUCGGGAGUGUGUACGAAGACGAUCGACCGUCAUCGAUCUGUACAGUCCAUAUGUUGGAUGCCAGGCGGUGAAGCAUUCAUGUCAGUGGAAGGUGGCGAUGUCGUCAAACUAGAUCUGACCGGAAAGGUGUUAGAUACAUAUCAUUUCGACCGCCUGACUAUCCACGAUGUCACGGUCACACCAGAUGGACAGCGCCUGCUGGGUGUUGGUACGCUGCAGUCAUCGUUAGAUGGCUUACAACCCAGCAAAUGUCAGGCUGAGAAGCAGAUCAUUUCGUAUAACCUAGACAAAAAGGAGAUCGAAAACCAAGUACCAGUCUUACAUGACAUUCGAGAUAUUACUUUAGCACGCAACGGUCAAUUCGCUCUCGUCAGCUACGAGUAUCAGGCACCACCACAACUAUGGAAACUGGAAACCGUCAAAGAUCGGAGUAGACAAACCCAAAACGAUAAUUCGGUCCCAAACUCUACGACACGACUGUCCCUUCGACAUACAUACUUCCCGAAGUACCCCGUGGACUUCGCUGGACACAGUUACUUUGGUGGAAAGGACGAUCAACUCGUACUAUGCGCCGGUAAAGCUGGCGACAUCCACGUUUGGGAUCGCGAAUCCGGGUCAUUGUUACAUCAUAUUCGCUCACAGGCUCUGGGUGGUGACUUGACGUGCAUUGCCUGGAACCCCGUCGCUGACCCUUUCAUCUUCGCCACUGGAAGCCACGAUGGUGGCGUACGAAUAUGGACACAUCCAAAAUCUGACCCCACGAUCACUGGUGAUGGCACGUACUCCCCACGAUCGUCUCGUCCGGUAUCUGGAGCAGCAACACCCCGGGAGUCCGACGAGAUGUCCAUCAUGCCCGGGUUUCAACUAGAUGUAGAUUAUAGAACGGAAAGUCCGACGACGCAGCAAGACUUUGAUCUCGCGAGGUCGAGUGAGGAUUCAGCGGUGCCGCCUUCGCUGACGAGAAGAACCAUCGCGUUUACGGCGCCUGAAGUGUUAAAGAAUUCGUGAUGAAGUUGCAUAUGUAUUCGACAUGAUAUAUUAUGGAUGUCUCUUUGUUUGUAUCCUCUUAUUUACGAUAGAAUCCAC